AGUUAACGGUGCGGGGAAACUCGCUCGCCGCUCCUCCGCCCGUGCCGGGCGCUUGGCAACCGGGGCGCCGCGCAUGUGGGACCGCCGGGGGCAGCCGCCCCCCCGCCGGGCCCCGCGUCCCCCUCCCCGCCCCGGACAAGGCGUUUAACGUGCCCAGGCGUGAAGUAUGGCAUGCAAAGAUGGUUUCUGCCAAGGAGCCAGCUAUCGCCAUGUCCUCGGGUCUCUCCAUCGCCCUCCUGCACUGCCUGUGCCUGGCGACCUGUCUCACCGGGCCGCCAGGGCAGAUCAAAAAAGAGGAGAAAUUGUGGCCGGAGAAUUUUACCAGCAUCCUGAACAGCCUCCUGGAUGGCUAUGACAACCGGCUGCGACCGGGAUUCGGGGGUCCUGUUACUGAAGUCAAAACAGAUAUAUAUGUCACCAGUUUUGGACCUGUUUCUGAUGUAGAAAUGGAAUAUACAAUGGAUGUCUUCUUUCGUCAGACAUGGGUAGAUAAAAGAUUAAAAUAUGAUGGCCCUAUUGAAAUUUUAAGACUUAACAACUUGAUGGUUUCGAAGGUAUGGACUCCUGAUACUUUCUUCAGGAAUGGGAAAAAGUCUGUUGCACAUAAUAUGACAGCCCCAAAUAAACUCUUCAGAAUAAUGAGAAAUGGCACCAUCCUGUACACAAUGAGGCUUACAAUAAGUGCAGAGUGUCCCAUGAGAUUAGUGGAUUUUCCCAUGGAUGGUCAUGCUUGUCCUCUCAAAUUUGGGAGUUAUGCUUAUCCAAAGAGUGAAAUGAUUUAUACCUGGACAAAGGGACCUGAGAAGUCAGUGGAAGUUCCUGAGGAGUCUUCCAGUUUAGUUCAGUAUGACCUGCUUGGGCAUACGGUGUCCUCUGAAACAAUAAAAUCUAUAACAGGUGAAUAUAUUGUUAUGACAGUUUAUUUCCAUCUCAGACGGAAAAUGGGUUAUUUUAUGAUUCAGACCUACAUCCCAUGCAUUAUGACCGUGAUCCUCUCCCAAGUUUCAUUUUGGAUAAAUAAGGAAUCAGUUCCUGCUAGAACAGUAUUUGGAAUAACCACAGUGUUGACAAUGACGACGCUGAGCAUCAGUGCAAGGCAUUCACUGCCAAAAGUCUCCUAUGCUACUGCCAUGGACUGGUUCAUAGCGGUUUGCUUUGCCUUUGUGUUCUCUGCUCUGAUUGAGUUUGCUGCUGUCAACUAUUUUACUAACAUUCAGAUGGAAAAAGCCAAAAGGAAGACGGUCAAGUCCCUUCUUGAAUUUCCAGUUGCUCCAGUACAAAGGAAAAGAAGUACAGAAGAGACAUUCACGAGUACAGAUGCCAAUUCAAAUGUGAGGAAAAGAACAAAUGCCACAGUACAGUCUGAAGCUGAUGGUGGGAGCCGAAUCGACACAAGGCACAGCUCUGUCCAGCCUCCCUCUGUAGCUCAGGGGUCUUCUGACAUUACACCCCACUCCCUUUCUGCAUCGAGUCCCAACCCUUUCACACGAAUCAACGCAUCGGAGACAUUAUCUUCUGCAAGAGCUACCCCUCCAGCUCCUCCUUCUACCCCAAUUCUAACUGGAUUUGUAUCCCAGCAUGCCACAGCUGGAUCCCCUUCCAUUCAGCACUUGCUUGGAUCUAGACUGGAGCAGAUUCAGACCACCACACCUAAUACAUUAGGAGCAUCUGCAAAGCCAUCUGCUGUCACACCACCUCCUCCCCCCGCCUCCCACUCUGGCACGAGUAAGAUAGACAAAUAUGCACGCAUUUUAUUUCCUGUUACCUUCGGAGCAUUUAACAUGGUCUACUGGGUGGUGUAUCUAUCCAAGGAUACCAUGGAAAAAUCAGAAAGUCUAAUGUAGUUUUGCUGCUAUGUAGUAGUUCCUAAAUUAUACUCACAUUUGAUGCAGAGUUUCUUCUUUUGAAACUAUUUAAAAAGGUCAGUAAUUCUUAUUUAUAAAAGCUGUGUGGUACUUUCCCAUUCUAAAGGCUGGAGUUAUUGGGGAUAAUUAGUUAACUCUUAACAGAGUAAAGGGUAACAGUAAUGGGUCUUCCUCCCUUCAGCCAGCAAUGAACCAACACUUGCUUGAGACAAGCUACUCUGGCUGCACAGAACCUGCAUUUGGGAGGAACAUGCACCUGAAAGAAAUCAGAGGCAGAGGUGCACAGCUGUGCAAUGGAACACAUCUGACUGCUAGGAAUAUGCAUGUUGGCUAUUACAAAUGCCCGAGGCACCCAGCACUGCUGUCUGGACACAGCAUUGCAUUCUCUGAGUGUGAGGUCUAUGUCCUGUAUAUGACAGUGCUUGCUAGAAAAGGAGUUCCCCUGCUAGAUUAAAAUUGACAGAAUAGGGGGAAGAAAAUCAAUAGCAGCAAAAGGGAAGAGAGUCCAGCCUGGGAGAGUGCAACUCCGGGAAAGUUAUGCAAAGGAGUUGUAGAGCUCCGUAUAUUUUUACUAAGCAUUAUUUUGCAUUGUAACCUGGGAAAUUCUCACACCAAACUAAGAAUGAGUGAACCUUGUAAAAUCUGAAACCUGAUGUAAUUCUCAAAAUUGGAUUUUCUUGUUUGGUAAGGUGAUCUUAAGUGGGCGAUUCUUCUUUGACCUUGCUGACCAGCUUGAGUGGAUUUAUUUCUAAAUUACAUCAGUUGUAGUAGAUGAGGACCAGACCACAAUGUUCAACUUUUCAAUUAAAUUCUUUGCUUUUUCUUUGGAUGCUUUGGGGUUUGGGUUGGUUUUGGUUUUGGUUUUUUCCCCCCAUACUUUUCAGUUACACUCCUGAUUUCCUUUAAACACAUAUUCCAUUCCCCCACCUCCUUAUGUAAUGUUUGUGUCAAGUUAAAUUUUCAACACAGUUUUAAAAGUGGCUUGAAAAUUAGGCAAAAAAAAUCCCCAUUUCCUGUGCAUAGAUGAGUGUGGCAUGUCACUGAGUGAAUGAAAGACACCCUUUUUGAGAAGGACUGCUGUGAUAUAAAUAAGAAAGUAAACUUUCUAGGUGGAUCUCAGGCUAAAAAUGUGAAUUUACCAUCCAUUUGUUUACUUUAAACUGUGGCAUAGAUAGGUGCUUUUCUUACCAAAUUGCAGUAUGCAAACAGGCAACAUUAUCAAAGAAUUGAAUAGUUAAACCUGAUAGAAAUCCUGAUCAUAAAUGUUAUUUUCACUAGAACAGGUAGAAAACAAAUUGCCAAUAAAUGAACAAAAUGUUUGUAUAGAGUUGUCUGGCUUGGCAAAUGGUUAGUGUUUCUGUGCAGGUGACCAGUGGGAAUCAAGGACCAAAUUCUCAGCUAUGAUCUGGCUGUGCCUUUAAAGGGUCUGGGCUGAUCCUUAGCUUCAGCUGACGGGAUAGGAGAUUGGUAGCCUAUUGUCAAAGUCUGUAUGCUGCAGGUCAGACCAGGUGAGUGUUCAGGGGUUCUUUGCCCAGAGAAUGAUCAAGGGACUUAUGGAGACCACAAGCUCCUGGCAAUAAAAGGGAUGCAUAAGAGUACCCUAGACUAUGCUGGGACAAGAGCCAGGGUAAAAAGCUCCCAUAAUGGUGAAACUAUGACUGUGCCUCUGCCUCUCCAAGCCUUUUAGCCAGCUCAUGGCUGAGAAUCUGAUCUUUAACUUGUGGGACCUGGGAGAUACCUGGCAAAAGAUACUGCAGUGUGUAGUAUGGAUCCCAGAUGGUUCUUUCAUGUGUAAUAAUGAAUUGUAGAUGAUAGAAUGCAGUAGGAAUGUCCUAUGUAACUUUAUUAUAAUGGAGUGAUAUAAUCAGUUGCCUUAGUCUUUCUUUUGAUUAAGGGAUGCUCUCAAAAGGCCAGGCAUGGUUCUUUCCUUUUUCAUCUUUUAUGUCUGGAAGAUGGUUGAGACUACAGCACUUGUUGGGAAAACAUUGUGUGGCAUAAUGGAGAACUGGAAAUGGAGCACCCGUGCAAGAUGUCUAACUGCAGCAGUUUGUAUCUUUGGAUGUACAGCUAGUUGCUGUAGCUGUUUCCUCUCUAAAUAUGUCACAUUGUUACAAAUUGCUAGAAUAGAAAAUGGUAUGCAAGGGAUUAUUUAUUUGGUUAAACCAGAAUAAACAAAGCUAAACCUCUGGAAAUUAUUGAUUAUAAUUGCGCAAAUGAUAAAAUACUUUGAGCAUGAAGAACGGCGACCUGCUGUGUGGACAACCUAGUAUUUGCACCAGAGGUUAAUGAAAUACCCUUUGCUUUCCUCUGUGAUGAAAACCAAGGAUGUUUUUGUUUUCCUCUCACAGGCAGAGCUUUAAACAAUUAAUUAGAAACAGUUGUCUGUUCUUUCCACCCAUCCCUCUAUACUGAUUUUAUAAUCAGCUUUUUCUAGUGCAUUGUUCAGUGGGAUCAACACUAGUUCAGGCUAAGACUGAUCUAAAUGUGCUGCUUGAAUUCACUUGUAGUUUCUGUUUAAAGGCUUAUGUGGAGGAAAAAGGACUGCAAAAAUAAUAAAUUAUAGAUAUUUAUGUCUAUGCUUCCAUUUUGGAAGAAAUAUUUAAUGCUACCACAGAAAAAUAUGCCAGAGUAUUUCUGAAGUACCUUCCAACACAUGCAUGCCUAAAUUCAAAAUGAAGCACAUUAAAAAAAUCAUUAUGAGUCUAGGACUAAUUUAUUGAACUGUACUACGUUUUUAUGUUGCAGCAUAUGAAGAAAUUGCCAUAAUUACCUUUCCAAAUUACAUGUGGACAAUGUAAAUAGGAAUUUAUUGUUAACAGUUGUUCUUAAUUAUUUUUAAUCUCCCUGGAUGAUCAGAAACAGUAAAACAAAAAAGAGCUUGCAAUAUACUCAGUGAUACCAUAACUUGAAAGCACAAAAGGAGGAAUAUGCUAAAUAUAGCAGCCCAAAACUACUAACUAAAAUCCUAAGGGAGAACAUUUGAGGUGUCAUUUCAGUGACCAAAUGGCUUAUUAGAGAUGAGGUUCAGUGAGGUGAACUCUACAGGAGCCACAUUUUUAGGUUUUUGUCCUUUUUUUUCUAUUUGCUUUGUUGAACAAUCUUUUUUUUUUUUUUUUUUUUUGACAGUAUCAUAGGGGUUUAAAACUAACCAAACACUUCAGAUAAGUUCAUAUCUAUCAACAGGAAAGGAAACUGGAGAGAAAGACAAAAACCUUUAAAGGAAACAGAGAGAGGUCUUAACCCAUAUUUCCUCAGAGACAUUGUUACAAGCAACAGAAUUCCCACAGAUUGCAGUGGUGCAGCCCUGACCACUAAUGCAGCCACUUGAGAACAACAGUUAAAAACUUGGUUCAGGAAGAUUACCUUCACAGGAGCUGAAGUGUGGUUUGUAGUCAAUUGUGAGCCCACUAUGAACAGGUUUCACUGCAACUGUGAAAAUAGUGAAGAUGAGAAAGGUGGCCAGCUUAGACCCCAGCCCUUCAAGGUGACCUUAACUCUUGGAGCUCACCAGCAGUACUGGAAUCUGUUUUAACUCCUAUUAAAAUGGACUUGUCUCCAUCAAAUGGAUGUUGGUAGUGCAUUUCUACUCCCAUGUGUCUUUGAAGGGGAAAAAAAGACUUCAAACUGUUUAGUUAUUCACUCUACACUACCCUUUCAUCAGGCCAGUAAACUGGACGAUAAUUGAAUGAAAGAGGUAAAUAGUUGAAUAAGGAAUGUGAUUAGAGCUCUUCUGUUAACAGGAGCUGAGAGUUAUUGAUUACAGGGUGUUCAAGUGUAGCCUUUGGCAUCUCAUCAUCUUCAUCAUUCAGAAUAGACCUUACCAAGAAAUGGGAAAACCAAGUAAAUGUGUUUUAAUAGGAUUAACCAGUAUUUCUAAAAAAAAUUGAAUGAACUCACCUUUUUGAUAUGCCCAGAAUUCCAUCUUCUUCCACUGUACUGUGUACCUCCUGUGUGUCAUUUGGCCUCAGUGUCCCUUAAUGCUGUAGCUCAUUGUCUGUAUUCCAUGGGAGAACGACAGGGUAUACAGUAUCUAUUUAUCCAAUUUAUCCAAAGCCUGACUUCCCAUAUUCCUCAUGCUGUUAGAAGUGUAGGGAAGGCCAGAAUGGGAGAAAUGACACAUAGCCUUUGUAAGAGACACACAUUGGCCAUCUGGGACAUUUUCCCAUAGACACUACAGAUUUCUUAGGAGACCCUUUUUCAGUGUGCUAUAGCAGCACACUGUACAUACAAAUCCCAAGAGCUGCCAAGAGCUCUGUUUGGAUAGCAGAGUAGAUCAUGGGCUUUGCACACUUCUUAUAACUUUUGCUUGACUUAGAAGGUUAAGGAGGAAAGAAACUUUGGUGAGUUGUACCUUGUCUUCCUGGGACUUCAUGGCCCUUACCAAUAGGCCUUGACGUCCCUAAAAUAGAAAGGGUUUGUGUGGCUAGCACUGGUUAUGAAUUGCAAUACAGACAGCUGGCAAAAACUCACCCUUGUUUUUGUUUAAUCCUAGUAUUGAAAAAUAGAUUAGGAAAAAAAGCAGCUGUAGUGUUGAGAAGCCUAGGUUUAGUAUAACAUCUGCUGAUGAUACUGAUCAACGUUGUAGAAGUCUUACAGAACUUCAGGGCCAUACAGCAUUAAGUUUGCAGCAGGUCAGUGCUAAGUGACAGCAAAAGGAGGUGCUUCCCUUUAUACUCUGACAGGAAUAAAGCAAUAAAGAUAAGCAGUACAGCUCCUCUAUUUAUAUGUGGUAGAACAAAACUGCAUAAACAAAAUUUCAUACUCAAUGAAAAUUUUAGGGGGAAAUAGCAUUAUGGAGGUCACAAUACUAACCACCAGACACCAACCCCCCAAAAAAAACAGGGGAAAAAACUCCAGGAAAAAAAUUAAGUUAAAUGACAGUAGCAUCUUUUAAAAUUAUUUUUAUAUAUGUAUAUAUUUCUUUUUUCUCAAGACCUUGUAUUUCUUUCACUGUGGGCUUCCAAGGUGAGUUUACAUUUUUUUAAGAAUCUCUGCUGGUAUCCACUGACACCAGUAUGUGUUUUUCAUUUACUUCAGUGCACUUUAAAAGGGAAGUUUACUGGGAGGAAAAAUGUGCCAUUUUGGAGGAGUCUGAUAUGCACUAAUUUGUACAAUCUUCAUUUGUAGGCCUCUCCUCAGAGUCAAGAUGUAGCUAUUUUGGAGAAUGUGAGUGUGGUGAGAGUUUCAGUGUGUUCUGAGUAAAUCAGACUCUGAAAGUAAAUUUUUGCCACAUCCCAGGCAAGUGAGAGUAGUGCGAAGUACAGAGCACCCUGUAAAGAUCUCUCUUUGCUAAUGUUACAUUCUGUGUAAACUGCAGGGUAUGAAAAAUGCAAUUAUUGUAAAAUUGAUAGAACUUGCAAAACAUAAUUUGUUUUCAUAUGAGUUAGAAAUGUGGUAGGUAUUUAUCCAGAAUUGAAUAGCAUUGUCCUCUAGUCCAUAACUUAUUGCAUCUAAAAGUAUCUCUUAGACUUUCUCAUGCUAUUUGUAUUAUUCCACUGGAAAGGAUUUCAAAGAAAACCAGUUAAUAUCCAUUGAGUUUGCUAUAUUUUUGGUCAUAAUUCUAGUUUCAUUUUCUUGUGCAAGAGGAAUGGAGAGCAUGAUGGCUUUUUCAAAAUAAAAAUAACACUGGCAAAACAAAAGGCUUGGAGAUUCCCUUUUUUAGAAAACCCUCCAAACUCCCAUCAAUUUUUGAAUAGUUUAAAAAAAAAUUAGUGUAGUUUUAGCAUUUAAAAAUACUUAUGCUAUUGCAGCCUAGGUACAUAUAUACAUAUAUUCCUUGAAAUAAUAUAAUUUCCCUGAAUUUUAAGGAGGCAGACUCAAGAUGCACUUGCUAAUAGUUUUGUACUGAAAGAGCACCUUUCUGGAUGGAAAACAUCAUGUGAGGUAGGUAUUUUUUUAUCACUAUCUUCAUAUACCUGUUGUCAAGAAAAAUAUCUUGUGGAGGAAGGGUGUGAUAUUACUGAAAUAAUCUUCAAGUAGCAUGAAAUCUGGGUUAUUUCCUGCUGGUCAUCUUGCUGUUGUGUCAACAUUUACUUAGUGUUUUUGUGAAUGCUGUGUCCAGGUUGCUGUUAACUGACAGCAGUCUGUGGAUGAUCUGAUGACAUAAAGAAACACUAAAGGAAAUCAUUGUUUGUGAAUAUGUUUUCAUCCUUGGAAAAUACUUAACUGGAUUUUGGUAGAAGAAGCAGAUGACAGUAUGAAGCACUCAGCUGUACUUCUGAGCUCAAUACAUUGAAAAAAUUAGUUGAGUACUUCUUUGUCUUGCAUCAUCACCUUGUGCUGGUGGCUCAUCUCCAUGUUAAGUAAAACUGCUAUGAGGAUGGAGGUCUCAGAAGUAAAGAAUGUCUGCAAAUAUUUCUUCAAAGUUAUUUCAAAAUAUGAGAUGGCUAACCUUAUUACUAAGAGUAAUGUCACAGUAUGCUUUAUAUUUGUAAGCUUGAAAAUGUCCUUUUCUGUUAGGGUGCACCAGGAUGUCAAAUGAACUUUUCAUAAGUAGAUGAGUCUGUAUGUACACUCAUUUCAUUUUUCUGGUAAUUUGUGGUCACAUUCUCUAUCACCAGAGGAGUGGUGGAGAUUUGAGGUAUUUCAGGUAACCACGGCUCUUGAGCAAUUACUUUAAAAUAUUUGUUUCAUAGAUAUAUGCCUUUGCAAAUCAAUACCAGCAGUGCUUUUGUCGUAAAAAAUAAUCCACCUGUGAAAAAUCCUGGUCUUGAAUACUCAACCUACGUUUGAAGGGCUGAUGAAGCACAUUGGGCAAGGCAGGACUCAGGGCAUGUUUAUUCUUAGAGGCUUCUGAAUUGGAGCUGCCUUAUGUUCUGCCAUCUUCUGGAGCAGCCUGCACCAGAGAGACUGCAAGCAGAAUCCAUGAGCUUUUUGCAACCUUUUUUAAGACUCCACCAUAAGACUAUAUUACUGCUGAAUGUAGCCCUCUCACCUUCUUCUCUAUUGCCUUGCUUUGUGUGUGGGGAAGAAUUUCAGUGCUUGUGGGGAAGCAGGCUGAAAUAACUUGUCCAGUUAAACCCCCAAUUUUGUCUUGUUUCCUUUAGGCUGGUAAGUAGUAGUGGAGUCUGUCUGAUCUGGCUCCCAUCUUAGUGCUGGGAAAAAGGAGGGUGUGAGGAGCCUGGACUGAUGCUUUGAGCUGGGUUAAUGCUGGUGUGAAACCACAGCCUGAGGAUUCUCCUCUUACCUCCACUGUCAUUAAAACAGAGGCAGGCUCAGGCUUUCUCAAACCUCCUGUGCCCCCUGUGGUCAUUUUUCCUCCACAAAGGUGAUUUUGUGAAUUAUAUCAAUGACAAAUCAUGGACUAGAAAAAACCAACAAGAAAGGAGGCCAGAAUUUUUGAAAGAGCCAAAAUCAAUGAAGUUAUUUGAAGAGAGAGGAAAGGAGAGAAGGGAAAACAUGAGUAUGGAUGAAAAAUGUAUUUUCUUGCUACCAAGCAGUUAUUUUAAGAUAUGUCCUAUUAGAGGUACUAGAACUGCAUCUGGCAGGAAACAGCCUAGAAAUAAUUAUUCCUUCAUUAUAAGUAUAAUGAGAAAGUAUUAAAGAAAAGUGUCUAAUGUCCUAUUAUAAACAUUUGUGUUCCAUUGAAGCUGUUUGCAAAAAUGGUAUUUUCUUUGUCAGCCAGGAAGAAUUAGGAGACAGAAUGGGAAAGGAAAAAGAAUGAGUUUUAUUAAGUUUUACUGUUUUCCAUUGUUUUAGAACAUUUCUCAACCAAAAAUGUAAACAGUAGCAUUAAAAAAAAAUUUUUUUUCUGGGGCUCUAUACAUUUAAUUUUCAGUAAUGAAGAACUUUGGAAUGCUUAGCAUUUAACUUGCUUUAUGUUUAAGAGACUAAAUAGAGAGCGUGCUGUCUCUGAUUUAAUUCAGUUAUCAGAGGGGAUGUGGGUGAAGAAAACAGCUUUUACAGUAACAGCCAGUUUUUUUAAAGCAUCAUGCUUUCCUACUAAAUCUGAAGAGUUCAUUCUUGUACCCGAAUUCACGGGAGCUGUUUGGUGCUGAGCAUUUCUGAUAAUGCAGUCAGUGCUGCAGCGUGUGGGCUGCACCUGCAUUUAGAGUUGCCAUGUCUGAAAAUGUACAUUCACAAGCUGGCCCUUGCAGAGCAUGGAUCCACAAAAGGCAAAGGGGUGUGUGUGUGUGUGUGUGUGUGUGUGUGUGUAGCCCACCGAGGGUACAUGAGAGCUGUUGUGUUGCUCAUGUGGGAGAAGAUGGGAGUCUGUGGUCAGAAACAGAGGGUAAGGAGAGUGUGUGACUGCCUCUCUCAGAGGCUGAGCAGAGUUUAUAUUGGAUUAAGCUACUUACGAAAAUGCCCCCUUAUCCCCUUUUCCAAAUAGGCAGCAUAGGAGCAAGUUGAGUGCAAUGUGGAAUUCAACUCCAACAGCAAAUCCUGGACGAGGAUCAGCACAGUUUAUCUCCCCUAAGGGCUCUGAUGCUGUGGCUAGAAGAGUGAAAAGAUGUGAGGUAGCUCCUGCUGCCAGCUGGAAUGCCUCCAUGUUGCUGUGCAUCCAAGCUGUCCUGUAGUUCAGCAGGGUCUUUGGAGUAGUGGGAGUGGGAUGGAAAAUGCUUUUUUGGAGUACAAAAUAGGGCAGAAUGAAAAUUUCCUUCAGAUCAGCCCUGCUCAUAUGCACUGCAAGAGCACAGAAGGUCCUGGAGGAGCACCAAGGUGUAUUGCAGUCUUGUCUUCUCUUUGCCUAUUGGCUAAAUGUUUUGAAAUGGAGAGUGGUGGGAAUGACAAAUACAGGUCUGGUAAUGAAACAGAAGAUGCAUAGUGCUGCUGCCAGGCAAGUACCCAGAGUCUCCUGCCAGCAGCUUGUGGGCUUUCCCACAGACAGAACUGCAUUGCUAACUUUUUUGUAGGGAUAAUUAUUAUGCCCCUACCAUCACUCCUGCACCUUAAACACUGGGAAAAGUGGCUUCUCUUUGAUGCUCCAUGUUGUUGCAUAAUUAUUAAGAAGAAAAUCAAACUGAAUUCUUCUCAUUUUUUAAAUUUUUUUUUUAAAGAGGCUUCCUCACCUGCAGACACGGAAAUCAUAAGCUCCAUUGCAAACUUCAGGAAGGUAGGAAACACUUCUAUGCAAACUUCUGUCUGUGAUUAUCUCGCAAAGAUAGCUUUUGUUUUCAAAUAAAAUCUCUAAUUUGGAGGAUAUUUAGUUAAUAAUUUAAUAAUUUUAUAUACAAAAAUAUUUUCUCUGUACUGAAAAUGUGAAUUUUAUUUGUAGAAAUUUCACUCAGGAAGGUAAGGUGAAACAUAUGUGGAUUUUCUGAUUUAAAGCUAAACCAGAUGCUUAGCUGUGGGAUAUUCAAUGGCCAUUUCAUAAAUACAUGGAUUGUAUUUUUUCUCCUUGGAGAAUGUAGAGAUAAUAUAUAAACAGAAGGUAGGAAAAUUCUGUGGAGAGGUUUUAAAAUGCUAUUUCUUGCUUCCUCUCUAGCUAUCAUAUGCAUAAAUAUAGUGAAAUCAGAUAAGAAAAGAUAUGUGAGUGAAAAAAAGUCAUUCUUUGAUCUUCACAUUCUCAGUUGAUCUUACUAAGUAUGCAAUUAACCAGCUUCUCUGUACACUUCCAAGAUUUCUUUCUGCUAUGCCAUGGGUGAACUGUGGAAGACCUAGGAAAGUUUAGGUUCAAUACAUCAGUCCAGUUAGGAGGGCACUCAGUGCUGGCCUUGCUGAGGUCAGAGCAUGUUUUUGUAAGUGGUGGCAAUCUGUUCAGCAGGACAAGGUAUCCCAGUUCUGGAUAAGAACAGCUGAGGCAUUUUCCUGAGGUAAGAUGUAAGAGUUGAAUUAGGUUUAAGGGCUGCUCAUUAGCUGUUUCAAACUUCCAAAAUGAACAAUCUAAACCCACUCUUUGGCAUGUUCUGCUGCUUUUGCACUGUUUUGGUUUGUUCAAGUUCUGUCCCUGACUUAGCUCCCUUGCUGUGUGGCUGGGGUGAGGAGCAGCACUUUCUGGGAUGGUGUGGGAUUCCCAUGCCUUCCCUUUAGCCACAGGCUCUCUAUGCAUCACAUCUCCAUCACCAGGUGGACAGCAGAGUCUGGGCAGGGAGAGGGUGUGCAUCCAUGCCAGGGGCAGAUAAGCCCUGGCAGUCAAGCAGCAAGGCACAGUGUGGGUAGGGCUGGAGUCCUAAAGAAUGCUGUGUAAGGAUUUAGGGGUGGGCUUCAAGAUCCAGUGCUAGUGCAGUGGCAUAAACCAACUUUGGCUGCUUGAGAUACAGGGCAGUUGUAGAACAGGCAAAAAUUCUCAUGUUUCCAAAUUUUCUGGAUGACUGCUAGCACUGCCAGCCCACCUGUGCUCUGUGCUGCAUCACUAGCAAGCACAGGGAGCAGAGACAGUAUGUUAAAAGUCCAUCUGACAUUGCUGGUAGUAAGCAAGUCAGUAAGGAAACAAGCAAGUCAAGUAAGUAAAUAAGGCACCUAGAAGUUGCCCUGGGUACCUUUUUCUCCUCACCUUUAUCUUCCACCCUUGCAGCCUGCCAGUCCUGAUAUCCCAAACUGCUGGGGCACUUUAGUAAUAUCAGUCCAUCUAACAAAUGAUGGAGUAGCAUCCUUUCUCUCACUCCUUCUACUCACAAAUUCACAGUUGAGGUGCAGGUUGGGAGAUAUCAUCAACUCAACUUCUGUGCUAAUUUGAACUUUGAGACCUGUGUACCAGCUAAGGAACAAAAAAAAAAAAAAAAAAAGAAAUUAUAUGUGAUGUGUAGCAGCUGCUAUAUGUCACAUAUAUUGUGUCAUUUUAAGCUGAAAAUGAAAAAUUUAAAAAGAAAAGAAGAUGGUAUUUACUGAUCUUUUGUUUUACUGUAAGCUUGUCUUUUCCUGAGAAGCCCUGUCCAUUGCAACCAAAACAUUUAGUUUAGGCUUGCAAGGAAGACUCCCAGUGAAAAAUAUGAAGCUUUUGGAAGUACUUCUAUAUUUUUUUUCUGUAAAAGUAGUGGCAUGCAGAAAAUACACUUAAAGCAAGCAUAGUGAAAAUGCUUUCUACACACCCCCUGUAGGAAAGUCCUAUAUUCUCUGUCAAUAACUUACUACUUCUGCAAUAUGUGGCUGACCCAGAUGCAUGUUGCAAGAGUUCCUGUGCAAUUCCAAAUUCUGAUGUUUAUCCCCUUGUAUUGGCUCAUACAUGGGGAAAAACUGAAAGGAAAUCAAAGCAAAAGAAGCCUUUUGUUGAAUUCUUUUACACUAUUCUUGGUGCACAUUUUAGUUGCAUGGAACAAUGUGGCUGGGAAGAUUUGAAGAAUCAGAGGUUAACUAAAUUAUUUGAAUGAUAUGUUCAAUGCUGGUCACCUGACUAUACUAACAAACUUAAAAGGUGGUUUGAUAGCUGUCAACUUGUUUUGCUAUUGUGCAGCUUAACUGUUACCUUCCUGUAUUAUGAACAUCUAUGUAUUUGGAAAAUAAAUCCAUCUUGCAAGAAAGAUUGUGCAAAAAAAUUGUUCCUAUUAUACUCCAGUGUAUUGCUGAUGUCAAAUAAAAUACAAUUGUGAGA